UAAUUUUCAUUGUUCAUGUAAGUAUGCAUGAGGAAUGUUCAAGCAUGUUCCACCAUACAUGAAGAAUCAUCAAACAAGCUCUAAAACAAGCUAUAACUAUAUAACAGGGAUACAAACAGGCAGAUACAUUUAACUUUAAAUUUCUCAGAAAAAACCCUCCCCCUGUUUCCUCAAACUCAAACACACAGCAGUAAAAGUGAAAGAAAAACGAGCACUCGACGGGAACAGAAGCUGAGUUGUACACACAGAACGGGAGGAAGAGAAACAAACACAGACCCCAAAUUUCAUUCUCACCUUCACACAAGGUUCAAACAUGGGAUCAUCUCCAUCCAGACCUGAAUUUGUCACAUUUCUGGCUAAUAGACAAGUUUCAGAAGGACAAAAUGUUGUUCUUUCCUGUGAUGCAAGCACAGAAGAUGUAACAAAAUCAUGGGAAAAGAAUGGCAAAAAAUUGGAUUGUGUGCAGGGCAAGCAUGUUGUGAAAAACGUUGGUAAAAGGUGCAUCUUGGAAAUUUCAAAGGCUGAGACAACUGAUGAAGGGGAAUAUACCAUAACCUUGACCAACAAAUCAGGUUCCAUCUCAUGCUCUGCCUCUGUCAGAGUCGAAAUAAAUGAAUGGAGGAAAGUGCAAUGGAGAGAAACAGUUAUGUUGGAUUCCCUCAAGACAUUUCAAAUUUGUAAUGAAGUCCAAGAGCUCCGCUUCCUAUUGCAUGGACCAGUUGGAGCAGGAAAGUCCAGCAUCAUAAACACCAUCGGAUCCAUUUUUGAAGGACGUCAGUCUGUUAGCUGUUCGGUUGCUGCAGGAUCUACUAAGAGUCACACUCUAUAUUAUGAACGAUUUAGAUUUGCAAAUGAAAAUGGAUCAUUUCCUUUUGCCUUCCAUGAUGUAAUGGGUACAGAAGCAGAAUUUGGGGUCCUCACUGAAGAUAUCAUCCUUGCUUUAAAAGGGCAUAUGAAAGAGGGUUACCUGUUUAACAUAAAAACUCCACUGUCUGAAUGCAACCGUUAUUACAACCAAAAUCCCAGCUUGAGUGAUCAGAUGCACUGCCUGGUGUUUGUCGCACCAGCUGACAAGAUUUCGAUGAUGAACAGAGAUCUUAUUGGAAAACUGAAGCAUGUCAGAGAUGCAGCAAGCAGAAUGGGAAUCCCUCAAGUGGUUUUCAUGACAAGAGUUGACUAUGCAUGUCCAAUGACAAAGGAGAAUUUGAGAAACAUCUACAAAAGCAGAAAAAUCAGAGAAAAAAUUCAUGAAUGCAGUAAUGUACUGGGUGUGCCUGUGAAUUGUAUCUUCCCUGUAUUGAACUAUCAUGAGCAGACCCAUAAGCAUAAGGAUAUAAACUGCUUGAUGCUGGAUGCCUUAACACAGAUUAUCAACUGGGCAAAUGAUUAUGUGGUCAGAAGGGCCAACAUCUAAAGUUCACAUCAACAACCAAUAUGUGAAUCAAGAAAUUUUAUGUAAAAUAUGAAAGCCUGCAAUGAUUUGGUGACUUGUUCAGGGUGUACCCUGCCUCUUGCCCAUAGUUAUCUGGAAUAGACUCCAGCUUGCCCAUGACCCUGCACAGGAAAAAUGGUUACGGAUAAUGGAUGGAUGGGAUGGAAUAUGAAAAGCAUAAUGACAAUUCACCCAGUCCUUAGUCCAAAUUAAUCAGUUGAUGCAACGCAUUUUAAAACAUGAAACUUGUUUAUACAUGAACAGUAUAUUCAUGAUACGAUCCAGGUUUUGAACAGGGCUUUAAUGAUACAAAUAUACAAUUAACAUGUAUCCUUUGUAUAUAGAUCCAAAAACCCUAGCCUGAAUAUUGAAAGUUACACUGCACUUCAUCAUGCUUCUUUAGUGGAUGAAAGGUUUUGAAUUUUUACAUGAUCAUUAUGAAAUUGAGUGCACCAGUAGCACAGAUUAAACAAUUUACAAUUCUGGUUAACGGGAACAUUUCAUAUGCAACUGUAAUAGAAUUCUACAUAUUGCUUGAAUUACUACAUGCUUAAGAUAUUUUAUGCUUAGCUCAUUUCACCUUUAACAUAUUAGGUUUCAUGAUAGUUAUAUUAAUCAUGCUUUUGUUUUUAAAAAUCUGAUGUAUUAUACAAAUUAAAGGUUAAAUAUACCUAUAAAUGGGAAGCACGGUGGUGUAGUGGUUAGCACUGUUGCCUUACAGCAAGAAGGUCCUGGGUUCGAGUCCAGUGGCUGGCAAGGGCCUUGCUGUGUGGAGUUUGCAUGUUCUCCGUGUCUGCAUGGGUUUUCUCUAGGUGCUCCGGUUUCCCCCACAGUCCAAAGGCAUGCAGGUUAGGUUAAUUGGUGGCUUUAAACUGACUGUAGGUGUGAAUGUGGUUGUUUGUCUAUGUGUCAGCCCUGUGUUGACCUGGCGACUUGUCCAGAGUGUACCCCACCUCUCACCCAUAGUCAACUGGGAGAGGGUCCAGCUUGCCUGCGACCCUGUAGAACAGGAUAAGUGGCUACAGAUAAUGGAUGUAUGGAUGGAUAAACCUAUAAAAUGCCCCUGUGUUUGAGUUCACACUCUUUUUCUAAAUACAUUUUAAAUUAUUAUAUUUAUAUUAAAUAAUUAACCUGGAAAAGACAUUUUAAAAAUGAGUAGCUUAGACAACACAGUGGAAUGGACAGAUCAAGCACAUUUCCUGCUCCACAUACUACAGCAAAUGUACACAUUAAUGGCACUCAUGGGCAAUUUGAGAAUGUGACUGAAGUUAAAUUGUUUAUCAAAAUUCAGCAACACUCACAAUUAAUUGCAAUACAUAAAAGAAUACUUUGAUUUAUUUGAUUCAUGGACUCUUUGAGACAAAUGCAUGGAUUGAACAUGAAACUAGACAAUAAACCCUUUAAUGCAUAUUUUUAAAUUCACACUUUUAUUUGAUUUUGACUGAGUUCUCUCAUUACUGCAACACAUUUCACAAUCUACAACCUGAUAUUUUUUGAUAUUUCAUUGAAACCUGGCAUAUUUUCAAAACGAUAUGGCAAAACUUAAAGAUCAUGAGAUAUAGACUCUGCGCAACAAAGAGCAAGCUACUAUUUUCCCAUUUAUUAAAUUAACAUUAAAGAUGAACAAAACCCCAAAAAUAAACUCCUAGAGAAUGACAGAUAAUAUCAAUACAAGACAUGUUUAAGUGUCCGCUUGUUCAUAUUUGUACCUGUAUACUGUGUACAGAUUUUAUUUUAAAAGAAAAAAAAGGUCACUGGGCGCUGACAUUUCACGCUCUCUAAGGUUCAAAUAUUGCGCUCUGAGUACAAAUCACAUGAGAGAAUCUGAGAUUGUGAUGUCACUUACAUGCCACAUGACUUACUGAGGCUGAGAUCUAAUGGAUACAUUGCUUCUAAAUUGUUGUUAAAAACCGUAAAGAUACCCGUGUGAAGUGUUUGGCUGUAAAAAUAAGUCUGAUCUUUGAAACAGUGAAAACACACAUGUAAACAGUGAGCAGACUCAUACCCAGCCUUUGGGAGCCUUUUGCUCCCGGAAAAGUCAAUUUCUUGCCACUCAGUGUUGCUGUUGUUUUCAAAAUAAAAAAAAAAGGCAAGGAUUUUUUAAUAUAACAUGAGAAAAGUGAUCUUUUUAGAAAGCAAGGAUCACAUUGCUAUGACAGUGGUUAUUGCUUACUAGUAUCUGUAUCAGUACUGUGUAUGUGUUAUCUAGCUGAGUGAGAUUUAAACUUCAUAAAAGUGAAGUCUGUUGAUUUUUUUUUUUGCCAAUAAAAUUCACA